ACAAUGGAGCAAGAGUUAGAUCCCUCUCUCCCUUGUUGCCAGCAUCUGGUUUCUGCGGUUCUAGCUAUGGAACCUUCCGAGUGCUUGAUUUCCCAUGCCAGGGCGUGUGGUGGAGGCUCAAUUACCGAGCAAGUUCAAAAAUUCAUCUGGAACCAUUGUCUUUCCACACCUGGUGAUUUCCAUGCUCCUUACUUGAGGAAUUUUCUCAAGAAACUUAUUACUCAAGUUGAGUUUGAUCAUGGCUUUGUGUUGGACCACCUGUAUGAACUCUAUGCUCAAUACAUGACAUCAUUUAAGGAUGACAGUUUAGGCAAGAGAGAUGCAAGAAUAUGCAAAAGAAUUUCGUUUCUUUUUCCUGAUGAAUGUUCUGAACUACAAAGUUGUCCGCACUCGAGGGUACUGGUCUUUCCAUUGCGAUGUUCUCUAAACAUGCUUGAAGGUGAUACUGGGUGCUCAAUAUGGCCAUCGAGUCUGUUUCUAUCUGAGUUAAUACUUUCUCGUCCACAAUUAUUUUCUAAUAAAUCAUGCUUUGAGAUUGGUUCAGGAGUUGGCUUAGUUGGAUUAUGUCUAGCGCAUGUGAAAGCUUCCAAGGUGAUUUUAAGUGAUGGGGACCUAUCAACUUUAGCUAACAUGAAGUUUAAUUUAGAGUUGAACCACCUGAAUGUUGAAACUGACAUGCUGCAAAGAAACGAAGAUCCAAGCAUGGUUCUGCAUGAUGCACUGAAACUUAAAUGUUUGUAUCUGCCAUGGGAAUCUGCAUCAGAAAGUCAACUUCGAGAUAUCAUGCCAGAUGUUGUUUUGGGUGCAGAUGUGAUAUAUGACCCAGUUUGCCUGCCACAUCUUGUUCGGGUACUUGCCAUUCUUUUGAAUCAGAUGAGUUUGGAUUUUGGCAGACACAGCACAAGUUGCAAGGGCCUCUCUCCAAAGAUUAAACAUGAAAAUGGUGAACAUAAUCAUACUGAUGCAGUUGACAGAUGUUAUGAUAGAUGCAAGGCAAAUUAUAAUGAUGAAAAUAGUAGCCGGUCAAAGGAAGCACCAAUGGCUUAUAUUGCGUAUGUUAUCCGGAAUAUCGAAACAUUCAAAUAUUUUCUCUCUCUUGGGGAACAGGCUAAACUUGAUAUUGUGGACCUGACUGAUUCAUUGAAGCCAGUAAAUCUCCUCAGCUACAUGCAAUCAUACAAUCAAGCCAGUGUAAAACUACUGCGUAUCACUUGCAGUAAUAUACAAUCAGACUAGUGUAAUAUGAUCCCUUGUCUUUCACAUGUUAUCAAUUCCUGUGUUACUUGGAAGGUCCUGAGACAAUGUGUAGUGAUAGAGAAAUAUAUAGGUCUAAGGGUAAAUAUUAUUCAGAUACUUGCUAAGGUUAGAAACUAAUAAUUUUAAAUUAUACUUGGUUCUGUUCUUGACCUAUGUAUGGGAAAGAUUGUCUUUCCAUGGUUUUGGUGUUUCCUUUUUUGUUAUUAAUGAAGACUAUAAUAAAUUAUAAGGUAGGCAUUUCUUGUACUCCUUAUAUUCAAUUAGUGCACCAAGUUCCGC